UUUUCCAAUUUUUUGAAAAUUAGAUUUUUUUGAAAUUUUUCCAUUAUGAAAAUCAAAUUCAUUAUUCUUUUAAUUUAAAAUUUCGAGAAAAAAAAUUGAGAAUAAUGAUCAGUCUGGAAGAGAAGAUAGGAUAAAUUUCCUGGGAAAUGUCUUUAUUGAUCGUACAGUUCCGCUGAAGUAUUUUCUGAAAAAUGUCUGGAUUUGGAAAUUUUACAUCUCCAUGUACUUAUUUGAAAUUCUCAAUGUAACACUCAUUAAUUUAAAUUCAUUCAGCAUCAGUAUGCAGUGAAAUCAGCUUGAGAAAUUGAUACACAAUGGGAUACGUGAAGAAAAAAUAUAAAGUAAUGUUGUUAUUUUUGGUGACGGCUGGAUGUUUAAUAUUCUUCAAAAGUAUAUCGCUCAGUAGAAACACUAACCAUUUAACAAAAGCGAAAUUGAAAUUUUUGCCAUUUACAUCGGUCGAGUACCUCCUCAGUACUGAUGUAUGUAUGUAUAAAAAACCACGAAUCUUAAUACUCAUUACUUCGCAUGUUUUGAAUGAAUCAGCGAGAACAGCCAUUCGACAAUCUUAUCCCAGAGAUUUAUUCCGUCAAUACAACGUUCAGUUGAUAUUUCUUCUAGCGCAAGAAAAUACCCUAGAAAAUCAAAUCACCAUUCAAAAGGAAUUUAUUCAGUUCAACGAUAUUAUUCAAGGAAAUUUUACAGAAGCUUACAGGAAUUUGACUUAUAAGCACUAUAUGGGUUUAAAGUGGUCAAGGGAUCACUGUGCCAGCGCGAAAUACGUUGUUAAAAUGGACGAUGAUAUUGUGAUCAACUUCUACGUUUUAUUUAAUAUCAUCAAUCAAUUCAAAAAUCAUUUUCAUUUAAUGGGUCAUAUUAUCACGGAUAUGAAACCAAUAAGGGAUAUUAGCAAUAAAUGGUACGUCACCGAAGAAGAAUAUGCAAAAAAUACGUAUCCAUCGUUUUUGUCAGGCUGGAUGUAUAUAGCGAAAUCAGGAGCAAUAAAUCGUAUGCUACAGCACGUUGAUUCGGCAACUUUCUUUUGGAUUGAUGAUGUUUUUAUAACAGGGAUAAUAAGAGAAUUAGCUGGAAUCAAACUUACGGAUAUUAAACGAUAUUUUAGAUAUGAGCCGAAAAAUAUCGAGUGCUGCAUCAAGAAUAAGUAUUCUUGUCAUUUUUUGGCAGCACCCAGUGGAAAAAACUAUAAAUUAAAUGUGAAUUUCAACAGUCAUCUUUGGGAAUGUCGAUAUAAGAAAACGUGUAUGUUAGAGAGCAACUUGAAAACAUCUUGUUUAGUAACAAACAAUUUUAUUCCCAUAAAGGGGUAUUUUCAAAAUUUCACAAAUAACAACUUAGCAUAAGCGUUCGUGUUGAUUACACAAUCAAAUUAAGAUUAAUACAUUAAUUUCAUUACUAUUCAAUUAUUCGUUUUAUACUUUUAAGAUUGAUCUUGAAUUUCAUUUCUCCUUUUUUUACUAUCCACAACUCAUUUAGAAUGUAUUGUUGAUAUAAUAAUAUACUUACAAAGGUAUAUAUUUGUAUUUUAUCGUAAAAGUAAAAAAGUAACAAUGAUCGGAGUAUUUUAUCAUUCAUCAUCAAAAGCACUUUUAACUUUAGGACGAGUUAUGAGACCUACUACGACUAAAUCUGGUUUUUCAGACUCUAAUGUUAAACAAUUCACUCGAAAUGGCAAAGAAUCAGAAACACCUUCUACGUUUAAGCAUUUGAGAUUUCUUAAACGAUACAAACAAUGUAACCCAUUGAAAUCUACUCGGUUACAAUAACUGAUAUCCAAAUAUUCUAAAGUAGGUACAAGACAACUCAAACGAUCCAAAUACCAAUUAUUGAAUUGUUCAACUCCUCGAAAACUAAUCGCUUUCAAAUGAUGCAAAUUUCUUAAAUUUUCUAAUCCUUCGUAAUAGAGGUCGAAAUUGGGUAAGCUGAUAGCUUCUAAAUGAAAGGAUGGAUCCCUGCUCGUAGGUAAGCUUUUGUAUA